GCGGCGCCGGCCGACCCGGACGCCUGCAGCAGGGCUCUGGAUCUGUCCCCAGGAGGAACAGGAGCUGAGAGAGUCCAGGAACCCGGGACGGCCACGCGCCCAUCCGAGUUCCAGAAGCUCAGCCCUCAGAUUCAGGAACCCCGAGGCCUCUGGACUCCAGAACCGGGGCCCAGGAGAACUCCAGAACCCGGGUCCGCAGCUCCAGGAACUCUGGCUGCAGGCGCUCAGGCCCCGCCCCUCCGCAGGACGCWGAAAACGUCCCCUGGUGUCCCCUGAGGAGGGGCCCCGGCCUGUGCCCUCGAGAGCCCUGGAGACGGUGUGCCUCCCCAGUGCCGGCCGACCGCCUGCAGCCUGCACCUGAUGGGGUGGUGACGGGRCUCCAGCGCCAUGUGGUCCAACAGCAGUGUCCUGGGGCCCUGCUUCCGCCCCACAAAUGCCACGCCCGAGGAGCGUCGCCUGGUGGCCUCUCCCUGGUUCGCGGCCUCCUUCUGCGCCGUGGGCCUGGCCUCCAACCUGCUGGCGCUGAGCGUGCUGGCCGGCGCGCGGCAGGGCAGCUGCUGCCCGCGGUCCCCCUUCCUCACCCUGCUGGGCGGCCUGGUCCUCACCGACUUCCUGGGGCUUCUGGUCACUGGGGUCCUGGUGGUGUCCCGGCACGCCGCGCUCUUCGACUGGCGCACGGCGGACCCCGGCUGCGGCCUCUGCCACUUCAUGGGCGUGGCCAUGGUCUUCUUUGGCCUGUGUCCCUUGUUGCUGGGGGCCGCCAUGGCCUCUGAGCGCUACCUGGGCAUCACCCGGCCCUUCUCCCGCUCGGCGGCCGCCUCGCAGCGCCGCGCCUGGGCCACCGUGGGGCUGGUGUGGGCGGCGGCGCUGGCGCUGGGGCUGCUGCCCCUGCUGGGCGUGGGCCACUACACCGUGCAGUACCCCGGCUCCUGGUGCUUCCUCACGCUGGGGCCACAGCUCGGCGACGCGGCCUUCGGGCUGCUGUUCGCGCUCCUCGGCGGCCUGUCGGUCGGGCUGUCCUUCGUGCUCAACACCAUCAGCGUGGCCACCCUGUGCCACGUCUACCACGGGCAGGAGGCCGCCCAGCAGCGCCCGCGCGACUGCGAGGUGGAGAUGAUGGUCCAGCUCCUGGGCAUCAUGCUGGUGGCCAGCGUCUGCUGGAUGCCGCUGCUGGUCUUCAUCGCCCAGACGGUGCUGCAGAACCCGCCAGCCAUGAGCCCGGCCGGGCAGCUGUCCCGGGCCACGGAGCAGCAGCUGCUCAUCUACCUGCGCGUGGCCACCUGGAACCAGAUCCUGGACCCCUGGGUGUACAUCCUGUUCCGCCGCGCAGUGCUGCGCCGCCUGCACCCGCGCCUCAGCGCCCGGCCCAGGUCCCUCUCCCUGCGGCCGCCGCCGGCCCAGGGCGCCAGGCUGCAGUAGGGCCAGGAAGGACCGGCCCCCAUAAUCCCGUCCCCUGUCACCUGGCACCCGCCUGUCCCCACGGCCCAGGAGCUGGGGCUCUGAGUGGACCGCGGACCAGAGCCGCGGGAGCAGGGGCCGCCCUCUCUGAGGUCCCCUUCUCCCCAGCCGCGGACCCUGCUGCGCCCCAGGAGGAGCCAGGAGCAAGGCUGGGGGAGCUCAGAACGCGGGGCUCCCCUUCCCGAAACCCCGCGGAGGUGCGGGAAGCCGCGGCCGAGGACCUGGACGCUGGGGAGCCGGGGGCUCCCUCCGAACCCCGCCUGAGGAGGCUCUGCCUGGGGUGU